CGGGCGCCGGGCGCUAGAGCCGGGUGUUCCGGCCGCGAUCGGUGCAGCUCGGCUGGGAGACGGCGCGACCCGGCGGCGGGGCCCCCCGCGAGUCCAGCGCCGCCACAGCCCCCCAAUGCGGCCGCGAGAAGCAGCGGGGGGGCAGGCGAUCGAAGCCUCUAAAAGUGUCGUCUAGUGAUUAUGAAGGCACCUCUGUCCUUUCUGGAGCGAUGCUGACCUCCGUUUCCUGGACCCACUCAGACUCAGAAAAUGAGAGAGCCCAGAAAGCAGAAAAAGGAAACUUAAGUUCAAAAUGGAGUCUGAUGCCUCAAGAAGCAGAAAUGGCUGACCUGGUGAGCCUUCACGUAAAUGGGUCCAGUCAUGCCUGCCAGUAAGAAGCCCGAGAGCUCAGGAAUCAGCGUGUCCAGUGGAUUGAGUCACUGUUACCGGGGCAGCGGUUUCUCCAAGGCCCUCCAGGAAGAUGAUGACCUCGACUUCCCUCUGCCUGACAUAAGAUUAGAGGAGGGGACCAUGGAAGAUGAAGAGCUGACCAACCUGAACUGGCUACAUGAGAGCAAGAAUUUAUUGAAGAGCUUUGGGGAGUCGGUCCUCAGGAGUGUCAGCCCCGUCCAGGACCUGGACGAUGACACUCCGCCAUCCCCUGCCCACUCGGACAUGCCCUAUGAUGCCAGGCAGAACCCCAACUGCAAGCCCCCUUACUCUUUUAGCUGCCUCAUAUUUAUGGCCAUCGAGGACUCUCCGACCAAGCGCCUGCCAGUGAAGGAUAUCUACAACUGGAUCUUGGAACAUUUCCCGUAUUUCGCGAAUGCACCUACUGGGUGGAAAAACUCAGUGAGACAUAAUUUGUCAUUGAAUAAGUGUUUCAAGAAAGUGGACAAAGAGAGGAGCCAGAGUAUUGGGAAAGGGUCAUUGUGGUGCAUAGACCCAGAGUAUAGACAAAAUCUAAUUCAGGCUUUGAAAAAGACACCUUACCACCCACCACCCACCCCUCAGGCUUAUCAAAGCACAUCAGGUCCACCCAUCUGGCCAGGCAGUACCUUCUUCAAGAGAAACGGAGCCCUUCUGCAAGAUCCCGACAUUGAUGCUGCCAGUGCCAUGAUGCUUUUGAAUUCUCCCCCUGAGAUACAAGCAGGUUUUUCUCCGGGAGUGAUACAAAACGGAGCGAGGGUUCUGAGCCGAGGGCUGUUUCCUGGUGUCCGUCCAUUGCCAAUCACUCCCAUUGGGAUGACGGCUGCCAUAAGGAAUAGCAUCACCAGUUGCCGGAUGCGGACUGAGAGUGAGCCGCCGUGUGGCUCCCCAGUGGUCAGUGGUGACCCCAAGGAGGAUCAUAACUACAGUAGUGCCAAGUCCUCCAAUGCUCGAAGCACCUCUCCGGCCAGCGACUCCAUCUCUUCCUCCUCCUCCUCAGCUGACGACCACUACGAGUUUGCCACCAAGGGGAGCCAGGAGGGCAGUGAGGGAAGCUUCCAGAGCCAUGAGAGCCACAGUGAGACAGAGGAGGAUGACCGGAAACCCAGCCAGAAGGAGGCCAAGGAUGCCCUGGGGGACAGCGGAUAUGCAUCCCAGCACAAGAAGCGACAGCACUUCGCCAAGGCCAGGAAGGUCCCCAGCGACACACUGCCCCUCAAAAAGAGACGCACAGAAAAACCCCCCGAGAGCGACGAUGAGGAGAUGAAAGAGGCUGCCGGUUCGCUCCUGCACUUGGCAGGGAUUCGGUCCUGUUUGAACAACAUCACCAAUCGGACGGCCAAGGGGCAGAAAGAACAAAAGGAAACCACAAAAAACUGAAACAAGUCUCUGAUUUGUUUUGAACUUAUGGCCAUUUGGUGUCAGCAUGUCAGGAGAUUUCUAAUGAUUUGUGGCAAUAUCAGCAAUUUUUUCCUUUUCUUUUUUUCCUUUUGUUGGUUUGAUUUUCUUUUCUUUCUUUCUUUUUUUUUAUAAUUUGCCCCCCACUCCUUUGGUUUUGGACCCUUAAGAAUUUUAUGUUUAAAGGAGAUUGAAGCCAUAGAACUCAUAUUGACACUCAGCCGUUUUACAAAAGCUUUUCUUUAUCUGAAGACAAGAACCGAAAAAAAAAAAAAGCCAAAAUUAACCAUUGCUUCCUGCAGCCUGUCAGAAACCUGUAGCUGAACCCACAGGAAUGUCAACAUUAGUGUCACAGGAACACUCUGUCACCACCUAGGAGGCACGCAUGCAGAAUCCUCGUGCUCAGGCCAGCCUUAGGUUUAAUAAGUCAGUUGUGUUCGGAGUGAAACUGAGGAGUUAGUCCAGACACUGCCGAGCCCUGUGUGCCCCUCAGAACGGUGCCCUCUGAGGGUAACCCCUGCUCUGGCACUGGCAUCCCACUGUGCCAGAGACGCCAACGGCAUUGCCAGAUAGCAAGCCCAGGGCCCAGCUGCCAGUUGUCUGUACUUCUUAAGCCUGAACCUGGAACCAUCUCACUAGGUGUCAGUGACAAAGAGGAGAGACAGGGAGGAUUCUUAGAGCCAUUGCUAACCACUGAAUUCUGCUCUACGUUAAAUUAAGAAGACUUCCCCAAAGCCAUAAGCCUGAAGGUUGGCCUGGGAACACGCACACCCGCAUGCGUGCACGCACAUGGACACACAAGACUUAAAGCUAAUACAGAAAACAGGCUGUGUCCUUUUAACUCAAGCCCAAGACAUGACAGUAGCUGUUAAGAAAGGAAAAAUGGUACAGAUUCUUUCCCAUCUAAACAAUCUGAUCCAAGUUUGGGGGAGGGGGGUGCUACAGAAACUGCCAUUAGUAUUGUGGUGUCUUUUUAAGAAGUUAAAGGCACAUUGAUGGACAUGAAAAGCAAAAACAUGGUAAACAAUACAACUCCUAUACUGCCCUCAAAAAGGGCUUGCAAUUAAUGUCGGGACUCAUUUUUUUGCAAAAAAAAUCAGUGAUUUUUCACAUUCAGCCAGUGUAGCCAGCAGAAAUUUCUGAUCCACGAUGCAUGGAUUCCUUUGAAGAGAAAAAAAAAAAGAAAAAAAGAAAAAGAAAAAAAAACCCACAAAAACAAACUUUUUUUUAUUCAAAAAUAACAAAGUUCUUGUAAGGUAAAUAAUGUAUUUAGCAUGAAGCAUGAAUUAUUUUCAUAUAAAUAUAGAAAAUAGAGAGAAGGCUAUGCCUCUAAUUUUUAAGCCCUUAGGCUUAGAGGUUCUUUUGUUCCUUUUUUCCUUUCUUUUUUCUUUUUCUUUUCCUUUUCUUUCUUUCCUUUUGUUGUUACUUUGUUUUGGUUUUUUGAAGCAGGUGUUUAAGGUUUAAUCUUCAGGGACAAACUCUGACUGUUGGGGAACUUACUCUGCAAUAUAAAUUAUCUUCAUACUCUGGUAGGGCUUGGAUGGUUGAGCUCUGUACUGCCUUGUCCACACUCAGCCCCGACCCCCUGACUCUCUGCUGAAGAGUGUGUCCUUUCCUUUGUCUGUAUGUGUUUAACAUGACGCAAUAAUUGGAGGGCAAACUUAGUAGUGUGUAUGAUAGAGUCAAGAGAAUGAUGGGACGCUUACUUGAGAAAAAUCAUUUCUGUGAUUUGGUUCUAGGAAAAAGGCAGUGAAUAAUUAUGCAAAUUCGCCAGAAGAAGGGGAAACAUGCUAAUGGGCCUUACUGGGUGAGGGUAAGAGAUAGGGUACAUGGGUAGGAGGAAGUAAGUGAUAAUGGGCUUAGAUGGGCCAGCCCUGUGUUUUACUGCAACUGGGUGAUUUCGCUCUGGCCAUCUCUGCCUUCUUCAGCAGUAACCGCCCUGGGACUAAGACCACCUAGAUAGUGAGAGCUGAAUAACAACCAGACCAUGUCACACAAGCCAGAAACUCCAGUUACCUUUGCCAAAAAAUUGUUGUUCCUUGAGGUCUAAAGAGAAAUCCCUAAAACAGUAUGGCCUUCCAUCCAAAUGGAGGGAACUUUUGAAAACAAAACACUACCAUGGCUCAGGGUCAGAUGUUUGGGAGAGGGAGAAAAUUGAGGUGACCUUGGACUUUUGAAACAGGACAGGAGUGGAACUUUUAAGCUAUGCCCACCUGUCAGAACCUGGUACCAUGGCAACUGCAUCCGCCUGGAAGAAAAGACAGGUUAUCUGGUGCAUUCCCCUACCUAAUCUGAAGGCAGCUUCAGAAAGAAGGGGCGGGGACUCCCACUUGUGGACAGGCUAGAUUUACCCCCACCUGUCCUUGAGCCUGGGCUCUCUCAACUUGGGGGUUCAGGGUUAGAUGAGAGCACAGGUGUGUUUUCCAGUGCUCUGAUGCCUCCUUCUCCACAAACCUCUGACACCCCACAAGCCAUCCUCAGCUCUGAAACCUGAGCCACACUUUGAUUUCUGUUGUCACCUAACCACGUCCAAAAGACCACCCUCCCCACCCCCAAGAUGGUGAGUCAGACCUCUACUGAAGGCAAAGGUAAGCACUCAGCACUGUUUCUGGCAGGGGACUUCUUCCGAUGAAAACCCCACGUGGGCUGUCUCCCCUCGUUUCAUUUUUCCGAAGGGGCAGAAGCCUCUUUCAGAGAUAACAAGAUGCAGUGUGUGUGUGAUUUACUUUUCUGAUCUCUCUGAGAUCUAGAAAACUAUCUUAUACAAGUGUGUUCUGAACCCCAGAACCACUCUUUUUGCAUAAAUACCUCAUCGGGCAGCUUUCUAAGUGUUAUUUUCCUGAGCCUCCCUUGGCGCCUUUGUUGGAAUUUUCUGGAAGACUUGUUGGGGAAACUUUAGUAAGGGUACCUUUUUCUAUUUUCCUUCUGUUUUGGAGGCAUACACAUUAUGCAUAACCAAAACAAUGGCUCAAUUGUGUUUAACUCUGUAUUUUGACUGUUGAGGCAAAAACAAAGUUAUCAAUGUGUAUGUGGACGUUUGUAGCGAAGUCUGCCGAAUGAGGCUGUCCCGUGUCCUUAACAAGCCAAGGGGCAGGAGGCACCCUCUCUUUCCCCUCCCCCCAAGAGCAGUAGAGAAUUUAAGCACAAGCCUAUUUGUGAAAGAAUAUUUUGCUUAAGUGUAAUUCACUUUAGUCUUGGACUUUCUUCCCAAACGUCAGGUGUUCUUUUAGCUUUCAAACUAGCCUGUGUAUCCAUUAGUCUGACAGAUCACCUGAGCAUCGUUAAAGGGGUGUGGUGUUCUUUCUUUGUGGUUCAUGUGUCAUUCCAGGAUCUCAUGUACUCACAUGGGGCAGGGGGGGGGAGGGGAAAAUGGGGAACUAUAGCAAUAUUUACAGAUGCUUUGGAAACAGCAGUGACCACAUCAGCACCGUUGACGUUACAACCACUGGCUGUUGGCCCUCGGACACAUUUAAGAGAAGAGGCAGUGGUUUUCUUUUCUUAGGUGAAACACCCAUGAUAUUUUAUCCUAUCCUUGGUCAUCUUUCUUCUUUCUCCAGUACUUUUGUGAAAGGGUUCGCAUCAUAGAUUUUCUUUCUGACAUAUCGCAAGCUCCUACUUCCCUCCCCUUCUCCAGUCAGUAUAUUUUUCAAAAGUUGUUUUGGUAAAGCUGGCUCUCUGAAACCAGAGCUGAGCCAAACCCACCUGUGUAAGGAAACUGUGGUCAGGACAACGGAAGCAGGUCUCCAUCUUUGGCUGGGUCUUUAAGGAGGAAUGGGUUGAUACCCUUUCCCAAGAAUGGAUUUUUUUUUUGGAGAGUCGUUCAGCAUGUCUAGUGCUUUCUGUUCAUAGCAGUUCCUACCAUGGAACAUUCUAGAGUAUUGCAUUCAGUGGUACCCAGGCAAGAGAGAAUGGCUUUGGUGCCCAGCCUAAGAGUCAAUAUACCAAUUUGGGUUUCAGUAGUGCCACUCUGGGACCUCCAGCCUCUCGGGGUGGGGAGGCUAUGACAUGCCAGAGUUAGGGACAAGUGACCUGCGUGGGAUGUUUUCCCAUAUAUGGGAUUGGACUAAAUUCAGUGUGAUUUCCCUUCCCCUUUCAAACCUUAUUCAGGUCGGGACUCAUUUCUUUCUGGUGGAUCACAGCUGCCCAGAUGUUGCAAUUGAUUUCUUUGUUUCUCUAGAGAAGUCCUUUUCUUUCAUCUUCAGAAGUUUUUUAAUUUUAUUUUUCUUAUUACUUUUUUGCCACCAAAAGAAAACAUUGGAACAUAUGUCCCUUCUUGAUUGUGACUUGCCAGUGUUGACAAUUAAGUCCUUCGUGUUGUAGGUCCCAGCCCACCAGUACUAUAUCAAACACUGUUAGGCACAUGAUGCAGCACUGUGAUCUAAUUUAAAUAAUACUUUUUUAUUAUUUAUACUACUAUAUAUAAUAGACAUCAACACUUUUGCUAUAUAACCUACGUGAUAAACCCUUUUUAGUUACCUGUCAGACUAGACUUUGGUUUCUAUUGCAGUUAACACAGUUACAAAAUUGUAAUGGUGUCUUCUUUUUAUUUUUUUCUUUGUAAUGGAAUGUGUAAAUCAAAGUAUAUACAUUGUGUGGUGUUCCUGUUUCUUGGGAUGUCAUGAGGAAUUACACACGGCAUUCAGUGUUCUGUAUAGACCUGCCCACCUUCGUGAAUUCAUCUGUUAACCCCUCUUCGUGUGAGAGCGCGCCAGCCAUGGUGGCUAACUCCCAGCGUCCUCUCUCCUGCUGGCUAUCCUUGAAUUAAGCACAGACUUGUCCACUCGGUUGCUUUAUCAUGAAAAAUGGGUGUGACUUGGUCACUCUUCCACCCUUCAGCAAACAAGUGCUAGCUUCACUGACCAAAAAUUAAGGAAGGAAAACACCAUUUUUAAAAAACGAUCCACCUUUUCAUGGCCGGAAUGGAUAUGUCUAUGGUGCUGCCUCGGGCUGUCAAGCUUCUGGAAUCAGACCGCUGUGGAACGAUCCUUUCUGAUUUGCUGUGGGAUGCUCACAAGUACCCUUCCUAUCUCAUUAGUAUUGAAAUCAAGACUCUUUAUUUGAGAUCUCUACAGCAGUGUUUCUCCACUGUGUUUCAUUUGCAAAAUCGGAGAACACGCCUUCUCCACCCUUUUGCAAAUAAUCGAUACUCCAUAUUGGAUUCUCAAAAGACUUCGAUAUGGUGAUCCUGUCAAACCUAGAAAUUGUAUUUUAUCUUUUCAUACCUGGUUUUCCCCCCACUUCCCCUGUUUUAGAGGAAACAGCACACUUUCUGUUACGGAUGCAUUCGCCAUUCUUUGUGUGUGUGUUGAAGCCAUCCAAGGCCGUAGCUGGCUCAGCCAGCUUCGCACCAUUAUCUCCACUGUCUGUCCUGCCGUGGUGAACACGGGCGUGGAGAAAGUAUCUGUGUGUGUCUGGGAAGCAGCUUCAUGGACAUUUUUUAAUACUCUGACCCUGUAACAUUUCUGAGUUUUGUUUUAGUUUUACAGAAAACAAAACCACAUUGAUAAAACCUGAGAGGGUUGUGGCUGAACCUUAGGGUCGCCUGCCCUUUCCAGGCCAACAGAUCUACAAGGCCAAAUUAAUUUACAAGAGUAAUAAUUUCUUCAGAAGCCAAUUUUUUUUCCUGUAUGAAACUGCCAACAUCAUGACAGAAGGGGGGAGUCAUAAAGGAGAAAGAAAAUGAUGUUCGGUGGUGCUUGCAUUUGCUUAAAGCAGGGGUGUGGAGAUGGCGCCAUCAGCUGAGCUCGGGGGACUUGGUGUCGCUUGGGAGGGAUCCAUACAGCAUUUUGCGUUCUUCAUGUGUAAUCAUAUUGCCAAAGACAAACUACUUCAUCAUUUAUUGUAAAUAACACUUCCCUGGACCUACCAUAAAGUUUCUGUGAUGUAUUGUCUUCCAGUUGCAAUAAAAAUUACUGAGUUGCAUCAA